AUGCGUGCUUGGUUGAAGAGCAAAAGACGUGCGCUGUUGAUUUCGUGCUACGAGAUCGCGCAAGAGCAGAGCAUUCCGGGCAGCUACCCCAAGUACUCGAUCACGUCGAGCGUCUCGUUCAUGACGAUGCUCUCGAGCAACAAGUCGUACGCGCUCGCGGCCGCGGCCACGGGCGGCGUCGGCGUCAUGUUCCUCGUCGGCUUCUUCACGACGCGCCAGCGCAACGGCUACAACUCGAUCGCGGGUCAGGCCUUGUAA